CUGCCCCCGCUCCUGGUGUUGGGGGGCCAGGCCAGCGCGGAGGGUGAGAGAAGCACAGAGGAGAUACAGCGGCCGGAGGUGCACAUGGAGACCCGUAUCCCAGUGGUCAGCAAGCUGGACGGGACGGUGCUGGCCGGGGAUGAAGCGCCGCGGAGGAGAGAGCUCGAUGCCUGGCUGAAGGAGCAUCCUGACUUCAGAGUGGACCCCAGCUGCUUAGCGUUUAUUGAGAAGCGGCCGAAACAGAAGAGACAUCGCUGCAGAAACCCCCACAAACUGGAUGUGAACACACUGACCGGGGAUGAGAGAGUACCUGUCAUUAACAGGAGGAACGGCAAAAAGCUUGGAGGUGGAUUUGCUCCACCAAUUAAAAAUCUCCAGAAGUGGCUGCAGGAAAACGGGGAGUACGGGGUCGCACAGGAGUGGGCAGAUGUCAUCAAACAGUCGGGUUACCUCCCUGAGACCAUGUAUGAUCGGAUCCUGACCGGCCCGGUGGUCCCAGAGGAAGGCAGGAAGAGGGGCCGGCGACCCAAGCACCUGGCAGCUGCCAUGCAGGUGAAUUCACUGCUGGCCAGUGGCAUGUUGAACGUGGGCAGUCUUCAGUCAUUCCAGAAGAACCUGCAGCUCACCGGCCUGGUCUCCUACCCCCCCAGCCUGGAGGGCAAGGAGCCUGGCUCCUGUCUGCCUGGGGAAGGGAGCCGAGCCGACGCCGGCGGGGGGGGACGUGCCGCUGCCUGCUCCGACCGGGUAGAUGUUGUCCCCUCGACACCUCCCCAGCCCACAGCCAGCACCGGCCUGAGCCUUAACUCUUUGGUGCUGUCCAACGUGUACGGCGGCAUGUUUCUGCCCCCGGCUUUCGGCGUGGGCCUGCCACAGCUUCCCCUGCCCGGCCUGGCCCACCCGGGCAAGAGCCAGGAGGCCCGCUCCAUGCCCUACGGCCUGGCCGAGCGAGAGGUCGACGACAGCCUGUCUCAGGGUUACGACAGCACCGACGACAGAGGCGACUACUCACACUCCCUCAUCGAUGACCCCAUGAUGCCCACCAACUCGGACCUGAGCGGGGAAGACUGACACCCCCCCCCCCCAACCCACGUUUUCCCCCCCCAAGCUCCAGGGGCAAGUCCCCAAGGCCUCCCGGACCCUGCUUCAUUUCGGGAGAGGGGAGGGGGUUUGGGGGACGGAUGUGUGCCUGGGGUCGGCAAGCGAGGUGGGCGGGUAUUGGGUUUGUAACAGAUUGCUCCCCUCCCAGCCGUCUACCCUCGGCCUCCCUGCCCCUUGCCUUAGCCACUUCAACACCCCCUUGUGCCCUUAACACACACACGCACACGCAAACACACGCACAUGCGCGCGCACACUCAUACAGACGCGCACACUGAUACAGGCACGCACACACAAAUAGACACUCACACGCAGACACUCACAUACACACACAGGAGGAGAGAGAGAGGGGAAUGAAUGGAAGCCUCACCGAUGUUGCCAAGGGGAAGAUCUGCACAGGAAGGCAGGGAGAGAAGAGGAGGGGAUGUCUGCAACAUCAUGGCCCUCUGGGGUUCGGUCUGAGCCCAGCUGCCUUGACAGUGUCCAGCUCUCUGAGACAGG